AUGGAGUCGAAAGGGACCAGGUGUGGGUGCCGAUGUAGCUUCAGCUUGUGUGUACCUGACACUUUUGAGGGGGUGCACAAUAACCCACGAGAGGAGUGUGGGUAUAUGUACUAUAGUGGAGUACCUUGUCUCCCGAGAGGGGAAACCGGUGAGGAAGGGUGUGGUUUGACAGGUACUUCUGGAAAAUACUUCUGGCUCGUUGUCGACUGCAAGCUUGUUCCGGCAGUGGGUGGAGAGAAAAGCCCGAGCGCAGGCUGCAGGCCGAGGGUUCAAAAAUGGUUGCUGGUUUAUCAAGUCGAGACGGGUGGGUGA